ACAAACCUUUGUUUUGUCUGGAUGAUCAAGAAUAUGUUAGACAGGCAACAACAGCCUAGGAGGGCUCAAUCCACUGCUGUAUUCUUCCUUGCAAUCCUCAUCGUCAUUGGCCUGAUCACUCAAUGGCUUGACAUCUCAAUCAUCACAGGAUCACUGCAGAAGAAAUUCGGUUUCCAAGAUUCAUCCUAUAUAUAUUCAGAAGAAUUUGAUUGCUAUCUCAAUUGCUCAAACAUUCCAUCACCUGUAAAAAAUGAUAAUGUAGAGAGUUCAUCAGCUUUGGCAUGUCCAGACUACUUCAAGUGGAUCCAUGAAGAUCUAAGGCCUUGGAAGGAAACCGGGAUCUCAAAAAAGAUGGUCGAAGAGGCUAAGAAAGUCGCGCAUAUUAGGAUCGUUGUAGUGAACGGAAGACUAUAUACGUUGAGGUACAAGAAAGUCUUCCAAACCAGAGAUAUUGUGACCAUAUGGGGGAUUUUGCAGCUUCUUAGGCUCUACCCGGGCAGGCUGCCAGAUUUGGACCUAAUGCUAGAGUGUGGGGACAGGCCAGUGAUCAAGAAACGCGACUAUGGAGGUCUAGAAGCUUCCAUGCCUCCACCAUUGUUCCACUACUCUGGAGAUGAAUCUAGUUAUGACAUUGUUUUCCCUGAUUGGUCCUUCUGGGGUUGGCCAGAGCUGAAUAUCAAGCCAUGGGAAGUGCUGAAGCAGGAGAUUCACGAAGGCAACGCAAGAAUCAAGUGGAAGGAUAGAGAGCCUUACGCUUACUGGAAAGGGAACACAAGGGUGGGAGCUGCACGUCGCGACUUGGCGAAAUGUAAUGCCUCUGAUCAAGAUGAUUGGAAAGCUAGGAUCUUUGGAAUGGAUUGGAAUGAAGAGAAGAAGCAAGGUUUCAAGAGUUCUGAUGUGGCAAAUCAGUGUACUUACAGAUACAAGAUUUAUGUUGAAGGAGUUAGCUGGUCUGUUAGCCAGAAGUAUAUCUUAGCUUGUGAUUCCAUGGCUUUGAUCAUAAAACCACAAUUCUACGACUUCUUCACAAGAAGUCUGCUGCCAUCGAUCCAUUACUGGCCUAUCAACACUAACAACAAGUGUGAGUCAAUCAAAUUUGCAGUUGAGUGGGGCAACAAUUACACAGACAAGGCUCAGGAGAUUGGAAGAGCCGGAAGCAACUUUGUUCUAGAAAAUCUUGUGAUGGAUUAUGUUUAUGAUUACUCUUUCCACCUCCUAAACGAGUAUGCAAAACUCUUGAAGUACAAGCCGACUGUCCCUGAAGGGGCCGAGGAGACAUGCUCAGAGGCGCUGGUGUGCUCAGUUAGAGGACAGAAGAAGCGAUACAGAAUACAUUCUAUGGUGAAAAGCAUGUCGGAUUCACCUCCUUGCAAUAUGCCUCCUUCGUUUGAGCCAGAAGAUGUUAGCGUUUUCCUUGAGAGGAAAGCGAAUCUAACAAACCAGGUUAUUUUGUGGGAAAGAAAUGAAAUUCAUGGUAACUGAAGCAGAAUAUUCUGAGAUAGGACUAUUUGAUAGGAGUUUUAGGCUACCUUGGAAAAAAAAAUCAGACUCCUUUUCUGUGUAAAAUGCAACAGAAAUGAUUUGCCAAGUUUUGAUAUGUUAUACUAUCAAGUGUACAAUCUCAAUACAUAAUUUGUUUCAUGUCCAA